UUGCCUGUCCCGAGAAAUAAAUUAAUAUUGAGAUUUCGCAGAAUUCGUAGGCGUGACUACGGAUAACAUAUUACUAAGCCCGCCCUUCUGUUCACAUUGAGGUAAGGAUUAAGACAAACAACUCACUUUCUCUGAAGGAUUCACCUGGAUGAUGCUACAAUAGAUUACAACCAUUAUCUAAUUGUAUUUUGCAGAUUGGUGAUUACAUCAAGGGACCAGAAAAAUGAACAGCUCUCUGGCUAAUGGCUGGUUCGCGAAGCCUGAUAAAAAUUUAGAAGCAUUCGCCCUUUGGUAUUGGGGUAUCCAUGGAUACCUGAGUAUUUUCGUGUGUAUAUUUGGAAUCCUGACCAAUUUCAUCAACAUAGAAAUCCUUACACGGAAACCGAUGCGGACGUCAGUCAACACCAUAUUAGCAGCCGUUGCCAUCUCCGACAUCGUUCUAAUGGCGUCCUACAUACCCUUCGCUAUUCAUUUCUAUAUCAUGUGUGACUUGAGACCAACACCACAGAGAUAUUCAUACGCGUGGACUACUUUCAUGGCGGUUCAUGCCAAUGUAACGUUAAGCACCCACGCCAUCUCAAUAUGGCUGGCUGUGUUUAUGGCCAUUCAGCGCUAUGUUUACCUUCAAACCAAAUUCUGUUUCACAGUGAGAAAUACGGUGUUCGCGUGCUUUGCUAUUUGUUUCGCCUCGGGGUUGAUCAUGGUACCGAACUACAUGAUUACUGGUGUCUACGAAGUUUCCAACAAUUCAUUUAAUACCAGCAUGUACAGAUUGAACGAAUUCGCUCUUGGCUCCAAGAACCCUUCAUCUAUCGUGCUCCUGGCCUUCUGGCUGUACGCCAUUGCCGAUAAACUCUUGCCCUGUGCGUUAAUAACUAUAUUUAUGGGCUUUCUAUUGAAAAAAUUACACGAGAGUGCGGAGAGGAGAAAACGACUGUUCAGCACCAACGCUAGUAGUAAUAGCAAGAAGAAAAAAGACCAUAAGAGUACGACCACUAUGUUGUUAGUGAUUAUAAUUCUUUAUAUCGUCACCGAACUCCCACAAAGUGUCGUAGUCGUCAUGAGUGCCUGUCUCGAUGGCUUUUUUGAAAAUGUUUAUUCUCUCUUGGCAGACAUCUUGGAUAUGGCGGCGCUUAUAAACAACGCCAUUAAUUUUGUGUUGUAUUGCAUUAUGAGUCAGCAAUUUCGAGAACAUCUUCUGGAUACGUGGUUGCUGAAAUUUUGUAAAAACCUCAAGUGCUAUAAGAACCGACAUUAUAAGAAUGUCAAAUAUGGCGGACAAUCAAACGCUGACGAUUUAACAACCUUAGCUACUGAAAAAACCGUCAUCAGGACGGAAAAUAUAAAACUACUGUAAAAUAAAUGUUUUCGCUAACGAGAAAUCGGGAGAUAUGUGUCUCGAUUAUCACAAAAUACAAUUAUUCGAUAUGGCAUUCAACUGAUCAUCAUCGGGAGAUACGUGUCUCGGUUAUCACAAAAGACUAUUAUUCGAUAUGGCAUUCAACUGAUCAACAUCGGGAAUGGAUUAAAUCUUAAUUUAUUGAUCAAAAUCAGAGAACUAAUUUUUAUUACAAUCAAUCAACUAGUAGUGUGGUAGUGUGUUGCGAUUCUUCUGCAAUUAACCAUUGAUGAACAAUGUUUAUUGGGUGCACAAGGCUCAAAAUGAAUAUAAUUCGUUCCAUUUAAUUAGCCCCCACUUGUUUUGUUAAUACUCUAUUCAUAGGACCUUAAAAUAAACGAAAGGGGGUCUAAAAGCACAUAUUAAACAUACAUUAUGCAAGAGCUAAAUCUGCCUAUUGCAUGUCUUUCUUUCGGUCUGAAAUGUUAUCUAAAUUAUUAAUUAGACAUUAAUUAACUUAUCCAGGCUAUAAUCAACUCUCGAUGGCAUCAGAUUUCUCCGAUGUUAAAUAGAUUAGAGCAGUUCAGCCAUAUUUUGAUUUAAGCUCAGAAUGGAGGAGCGAGACUUAGCUUCGAACAACCGGUACGGUGGUUGAAAGUAUUGCACACGUCUUGUCAAACCUUCAAAUGCUAAUAUCUUCGCUCACAAUAGAGUAAUUUGAAUGAAAUUUUCAAUAUAGGCCUAUUCAUUUUACAUUAUCUAUUUUCGAACUUUUCUAGCAAGAAUGACUAGCUCUUUAUCUAAAUCUUACAUAAUGAAUCUUUAAAGUAACUUGAAUUUAUGUAUUCCAUUUUUUAAAACAUUAUUUCAAUUUCUAAUUAAUUAUAUUUGGUGAAAUACGAGAAUAGUCAAAGUUAAACGACAGUUGUUUACAUCUUCUUAGUCCAUUUUACACGUUUUGUGAUUAUUAUUUCUGCCGUUUGUGAAUCCGCCAUUACUAAUUAUUUCCGCAUUGUCUUGUAAGAUAUGUUUUUCUUUGUUAAUUGCAGGUGGCAUCCGAAAGAAUAGAAUACACGAUUCGUGUAGGCCUAUUGAUUAUAAAAUCAGAAUUGUGUCUUAAAUACAGGAUAUUAGGAUCCAAUAUAUUCACAACAUGAAAACAAUAUUGAUUGAAAUAGACCAAUAUUGAAUUCUAAUCUGUGUUUUUAAUUUGAAUAUUAAGGAAGUUAGAGGAUUUAGAGCCUUCAAAUAUCCAUGUUAUAUAUAAUAUUAUUAUUUGUGGUCAUCGGCAGUAGUCUGAUAUCUCGACACUUGUUGAUUUUCUGUCGAGAGUAUAUCCACUUUCUUUAUUCAGUAAUAAAUGAAAUGAAAUGGGGUUUAACGUCCUACUGUUUUGCUUCGAUCUGGGCUAAUGAAGACGGUCAUACACAUACAGUGUGCUAUGAAGGAAAUUUUGCCCCAACAGCGACACUACGGCCUACUCUUAUAUCGAAUUCCAACUGUCAAGGGAUCUUUUACGUGCAUGGCAAUGUGUACACGGGACCUCGGUUUUCGUCACAAGGACAGCUGUCUAGUCAUUAGGAUGAGACGAAAAACCGAGGAAUUCGAUAUAAGUGUAGUGCUACCGCCCGUAAAAAUUUCCCCCAUAGCAGUUUGGAGCAAAACAGUAGGACGUUAAACCCCAUUUCAUUUAUAUUUCUAUGGCUAAUACUGGUUACCCCCCCCCCCCCAGCUCCCUGAUACUCACCAUUUUUGUGUAG